AUGUCGUUUCAAUUGUUAGCGAAGACGCCUACUGGACCAAACAUAUUUGAAGGUUAUCCAUCAUUUGGCAAAGUAAAUAUUACGGAGUGUCCAAGUGGCUUUAAAACUUUAAGAGUAUCACCAUGUGGAAGAUUCUUGGCUCUCUCUACUGAUGCGGGUGUCACUGUAUAUAAAGGUGAGGAAUUUCAGACAAUUUUGCUCGAACUGGACAUCAAAGACGUGUAUGACUUAGAGUUUUCUCCAGGUGGUUCAUAUUUAUCUACGUGGCAAAGACCUCACAUUGAUAAUGAAUCUUACCAAAACGUUAAAAUUUGGUACUUAAAUCAGGAUGAGCCUUCAGCGGAAGAACCUAUGUAUGAAUAUCAGGCUAAGACGCAAAACUCAUGGUCGCUGCAAUUCUCAAAGUUGGACAAUUUUGCGAUCAGGAGGUUUGGAAAGGAGUUGAGAAUUAUUAAAUUGAGUCAUCCAGCUACCCAUUUUGACUUUGAUGCUCCUUUCGCGACAUUGGUGCCGGAUGGACAAAUUUCGACGUAUAUGAUUUCGCCUGCUGAGCAUCCAACGAUCUGUACUUUCUCACCAGAAAAGGGAGGUAAGCCGGCACAGUUGACUAUUUACCCAAUUAUAGAAGGUAAUAUUCAAAAGAAAAUAGCCACUAAGACAUUCUUUAAAGCGGACUCAUGUCAAUUGAAAUGGAAUGAGCUUGGGAAUGCGGUAUUAUGCUUGGCUAUUACCGAUUUCGAUGCGUCGAAUCAAUCCUACUAUGGGGAGAAUACCCUGUAUUUGUUAUCCUUCCAGGGUGUUAACGGUGCUCUAGGUGGUGAGUCGGUUAGGGUGUCCCUGGGAAAGGAAGGACCUAUUCAUGAUUUCACAUGGUCUCCAACUUCCAGGCAAUUCGGUGUUAUAUAUGGAUUCAUGCCAGCAAAGAUCACUUUCUUUGACUUAAAAGGUAAUGCUGUUCAUACCUUGACUGAACAACGCAAAAACACGAUGAUUUAUUCCCCUAGCGGCCGUUAUAUCUUAAUUGCAGGUUUCGGGAAUUUACAAGGUGCAGUUGAAAUUUUGGAUCGUCAUGAGAGAUUCAAAUGCAUUGCAAAGUUUGAUGCAGCUAAUACUUCUAUCUGUAAGUGGUCUCCAGGUGGUGAGUUCAUUUUAACUGCCACUACCUCUCCUAGAUUGAGAGUCGACAAUGGGAUGAAGGUUUGGCACAUAAGUGGCAAGCUCUGUUUUGUUAGUGAGUACACUGAGCUUUUGGAAGCAUCAUGGAGGAAUAUUUGUCCUUUCAAAUGCAAGAAUCCAGAUUCCCACGUAAUCUCGGCUUGGGACUCAACGAAAGUAAUUGAUUCGCCUGCUUUAAAGGACCCAGUUUUAUCAUCAUCUCAAUUGGAGGUACAUUCAAGUGUUGCGGAGUACAGCUCGAAAUCCAAGAGAAUGAAUAAUAACAGCAGUUCUUCAAAGCCUGUUGGAGCUUACAGGCCUCCGCAUGCUAGAAGAGCCGCUGCAACUGGUGUAUCUGUUCCAGGCGCCUCUCCAAAGAAUACUGUUCCUGGUAUGAGCAUGAAGCCUGCUAAGGGUGUUGUACCUGGUAUGGCACCAAAGGAAUCGAAAUCCGCUGCCAAGAACAGAAAGAAGAGAGAAAACUCCAAGAAAACUAAUGGUGUGGAUUCUGAAGGUAGUACUAAUGGUCGUAGCAAUGGCAACAGUCCGGAACCAAGUGAUUCUAAAGUAAACAAGGAAACUUCUCCAGAAGAGAAAAAGAUACGUUCUCUUUUGAAGAAGUUGAGAGCCAUUGAAACCUUGAAGCAAAGACAAGCCGUCGGUGACAAAUUAGAAGAUACCCAAAUCCUAAAGAUCCAAACCGAGGAGAAAGUGUUACAAGAAUUGGAGGCCCUUGGUUGGAAACCAUAG